AUGACAAAAAAAGAUAAGAAGGAGGUCAAGGUGCAAACCGUCACCACCGAAAACGGUGAAACCGUUAAAGUUUUUGAAGAUCUUCAAGGUUUUGAAACAUUCAUCGCUAACGAGACCGAAGAUGAUGAUUUUGACCGCUUACACUGUAAGCUGAACUACUAUCCUCCUUUCGUGCUACACGAGUCUCAUGAUGAUCCAGAAAAAAUUAGUGACUCUGCAAAUUCUCACUCCAAGAAGUUUGUGCGCCAUUUGCACCAGCACAUUGAAAAACACCUUUUGAAAGAUAUUAAGCAAGCCGUUAGGAAACCUGAGCUGAAAUUUCAUGAAAAGUCAAAGGAAGAAACUUUUAACAAAAUCACCUGGCAUUACGGUGAGGAAACUGAAUAUCACAAUAGACCUUUCAAGAUAGACGUCCAGGUAGUCUGUACGCAUGAGGAUGCCAUGGUUUUUGUUGACUACAAAACACACCCUGUAGCUGCGAAGUAA